CUGCAAGCUUGGGGCAAGCAUCUUAUACCAAGGGAACUUUCCGACGGACGACGCUAGCGUUCCGUUGACGUUUUGUCACUUGUUUCAUGGUCAUAACUCCCAAAUCCCGAGCCAUGGUUGCCUUGCAGUGACGUCUCCCGUGAAGCCGGUAAAUCAGUCACAGUGUAGUCAGCAGCUUUACUCGAGUCCCGGGCUCCUCAGCUACAACAGGAGCAUCGUUGAUGGUAUAUAUAUUUGACUCUCGAAAUUAUGUUGGCGUUAUUUCCGAGUUAUACGCCCAUGCACUGUGCAGCAUGCUGCAACCCUGAAUGCAUCGAUGAAUUUCCGCAAAAUCAUCCUGAGGAUGGUCAGCGUGGUGGUGUCCAGUUUUGGGAUUCUCCUGAGUCUGCUAGCUAUCUUCAUUCAAACACUACUACCAUCACAAUGGACUUGGUCCAGACCACCCCCAGACGCCGGUCAAAGGACAAUAGCCCGUCGUAUCAAGCGACCUGUUCCCAGGCCAAUUGCUUCCCCGACUUCAUCCUCUAUACGAUCGACCAGGUCAAAUAAUACCAUACACAGCAGCAUGGUUGAUGGGGUGGUACCUCAAGGUCAUGCGCGUGUGGAACCACUAGCCUCUACGAUGCCUGCAACAAAAUUGCCUAUCCAACGAUCUAGUCGCGGUGAAGUUUCGGAAGCCCGCAAAGUUUUCAAGAGACACACCCUUUCAGCCUCCCUGCCUUUCAAUGUGUGUCGGACAUUAGCUUCGCCGAAGCAAAGAUCAACGCAUCUCAAAGGCAGAAACUCUACGGGGUCAUUUUCUCGUCCUUUGAAAAUCCCAGACCCACCAUUACGGACACAGCCUUACGCAGCGCCAUACUUUUUUCCAGCACCUGGAACGCCGGAAGCCAUUGAUUAUGUGACGAAGACGCGAGAGGAGCUUCUGCGGCCUUCUGGAUUCAUGCAAACCAACGCGAGGAAAAAGAGAACUCAAGGUUGACGAGAUGUACUAGUGUUGAUAAGAUAAGAUAAUGAAUUGUAUUGAAUUGUUCCGGAGAUUCCCACGUGCAGUAUUGAG